UGCAUGCACUUGUAGCCCUAAAAACCAGCUUUCCUCCUAUAUCCCGGAAACCUGGUCAGACAGUCCACCUUAACACCUUUUUAUUUAUUUAUUUUUUAUAUCUCAAAAUUAUUGAAACCAAUAUUAUUGCACUUCUUUAAAUAAUUUUUAGAAGGCUUUAGUACUUCAUAUAGAAUUUUCGAUUAGCUUAUAUAUAUAUAAUAGAGAAGAAAAGAAGGAACCAAGUAUAUUAAUUAGAGAUGGAUUACAACAAGAACGGUUUUGAGGAUUCCGAGAAGGAGAAGCCAUAUGGUAAAAUAAAGUUGAGGUAUAUGGGUGUGGUCAAAGCUGAAAUACUGAAGGGUAUGAUCAGUCGAGGGAUCAAAGCUGAAAAGUUGAAGAGUUUGAUCAAAGCGGGUAUGACAGCUGAAAAGUUGAAGGGUACUAUGAUGGUUGCUAGGUCUAGAUUGGCAUGGUUGAAACUGUGGGCAGUUCGAGCCAUGACCAUGAUGUUGCUGUGUGCUAUUGCAAUGCAGUUGAGAGCUAUAGCUGGAACGUUGAGCCCAAGGAUGUUCAACGCUCGGCUUGCAUACUCUCUUCCACCAGAAAGAGUUUAUGAUAACAAUGGGUAUCUGAUGGUUUCAUGCAAUGGAGGAUUGAAUCAGAUGCGAGCUGGAAUUUGUGACAUGGUUGCCAUUGCAAGAUACAUGAAUGUCACGCUUAUAGUUCCAGAAUUGGAUAACACCUCCUUUUGGAAUGACUACAGUCAAUUCCGAGAUAUAUUUGAUGUGGAUUAUUUUAUCACAUCUUUGAGAGAUGAGGUUCGGAUAUUGAGAGAGCUGCCUCCUGCCCAAAAGAAGAAAGUAGAAGAAGAAUCCCUCUUUUCCAUGCCACCCAUUAGUUGGUCUAACAUGACAUAUUAUUAUACUACGAUCCUUCAACGCAUAAAAACGUACGAAGUGGUGCAUUUCCAAAAAACUGAUGCUAGGCUUGCUAAUAAUGGAAUUCCUGAAGAGGUUCAAAAACUACGCUGUCGAGUAAAUUAUGAGGCUUUAAAGUUUGCUCCCAAAAUUGAGGAAGUGGCCAAGAAGAUUGUUAGUAUUCUGAGGGAAAGAGGGCCUUUCUUAGUUCUUCAUCUCAGAUAUGAAAUGGAUAUGGUAGCCUUCUCAGGUUGUAUAGAAGGUUGCAAUGAAGAAGAGAUUGAAGAGACCACCAAAAUGAGAUAUGCUUACCCUUGGUGGAAAGAAAAAGAAAUUGAUUCUGUAAAGAAAAGGCAAGCUGGUCUAUGCCCUCUGACUCCUGAGGAAACUACACUGGCAUUGCGGGCAUUGGAUAUUGAUCGUAAUAUUCAAGUGUACAUAGCUGCUGGACAAAUAUACAAGGGAGAAAGGAGAUUGGCAACUCUCAGAGAAGCUUUUCCAAAUAUUGUGAGGAAGGAGACGUUACUGGACCCAUCGGACCUUAGGCCCUUCCAAGACCAUUCAAACCAGAUGGCAGCAAUAGAUUACUAUGUUGCAAUAGAAAGUGACAUAUUUGUCCCAACAUAUGGAGGAAACAUGGCAAAAGUUGUUGAAGGCCACAGAAGAUACUUAGGAUUCAAGAAAACAAUCCUUCUAGAUAGAAAGGUUCUUGUGGAACUGAUAGAUCAGUACAACAAUGGAACACUGAGCUGGGAUGAAUUCUCUGUAUCAGUGAAGGCAGCUCAUGCAGGUCGCAUGGGGAAUCCAAUUAGAAGAUCCGAGGUUCCGGGUAAACCCAAGGAAGAGGAUUACUUCUAUACAAAUCCACAGGAAUGUUUGUCAACAAUUGAUGAAGCAUGAAGUGUGCAUGAUGAUACUCCUGGCGAUUUGUGGAUCAUUAUCAAUUAUCAUGGUCUACAUCCGGUUCUUCUUUCAAGUUUAAUAAAGAGCUCUCUCUGACAUUUAGCCCAAAAAAAGUGCUCUUUCUUACAAGAUUGGAAAAGAAAAUGUUUCUUUUUGUUUUUCAUUGUGUUGGCUGGUGAGAUUUGAAAAUACGGUUGUCAAAUCUAAUUUGUGUAGAGUACCCUGCAAAUGCUUAUACAUAAAUUAUGCAAGAACAUUCAAUUUAAUUGAACAAGUUAUUUUUGAA